AAGAACUCGAAUGAUUUCUUUAAGCGACUGUCCUGAUGGGAUCUUAACUGCACUGCACCCCGGCCACUACCCCCACACGUCGACACACGAGCACAAGAACAAAGGCAGUAGCACUGCAGCAUUACACUAGUGUCAUUGCUCGAUCAGCUAGCUAGUAGCAUCGAUCCCCGCCCGGCCCGGAGCGCAGCAUCUGGCAGGGUGCGCGAGAUGGCGCCGCCGCUGCCGCGCCGCGCCGUCAUCGUCGCCAUUGCCGUUGCCGCGCUGCUCGUCCUCGUUGUCGCAGCCGAGCUCGAUGCGGGCAGCAGCAGGUGGGUGGCGGAGGAUUACGGCGGCGGCGCCGCCAUGCAGGCGGCCUGCAGGGUGGAGGACGAGGAGGGGUGCGGCGGGGAGGCGACGGCCCGGAGGCACCUGGGCGGGAACAACUACAUCGGCUACGACGCGCUGCGGCGCAACGCCGUGCCCUGCUCGUACCGCGGCGCGUCCUACUACAACUGCCGCCCCGGCGGGCAGGCCAACCCCUACUCCCGCGGCUGCUCCUCCAUCACCCGCUGCAGAGGCUAGCUAUCCGCGCGUACGGCUUCCUCCUACCUCGUCGAUCGCCGCCGCCGUCGUCGGCUGCUCGUCCGGCGGUUCUUGUAGGAUCUUGUAAGUUGUAAGACACGUUCCAUUGAUUUUCUCCUUCUUCUUCUUCUUCUUCUUCCCGUCUGUGGAUCUUGUUUCGGGUUUCAUUAUACCGGAUUCAGUCCGAGAUUGAUUCGUUGAGCAAAUCAUCCGUGGCUACUUUUGUAAUCGGAGGCAAUGCAUGCAUGCAUGUACCGAUGGAUCGAUCGUGAAAUUAAUGUUGCGUACUGAUUCGUUCGAGCUGUACUGUAAGAUGAGUAAUGCUGAAUUUCUCAU